CCUAGUUUUUGAGGAUGUGGUGUUGAGAGUGCGGGGGUGAGGGGGGCAGAGGGGUUGGUUGGUUGGGUGGGUGAGUUUUUUCAGGGUUUCAGUGGGGUGAAUAAGUGCCGUGGGUAGAGCAUUGGCGGAUCAAUUCUGGUAUCCUUCUCUGGGAAGAAUCUAUUUUCUUCUUCUGUGGAUUGGAUUGCCAUGCCGUGGCAUCGUGGCGGGGGUUUAGGUUGUGGCUGGGAAUUUGGUUUUGCUGGAGUUUGGCUCUAGUGUCGGGAACUUUUUUGCCUCUUUACUUUGGAGAACCCUAGUUUUUGGUGUACGAGGGGAGGUGCAGUGGCAUUGGAUAUCGGGUUGUCUGAGGCCUUCGUGAGGACGGCCUGAAAGUUAAGGCGAUGAGGAUCAUCACUUUGAGGAUAAACUCUGUCCCUCAGUGCUUAGUUGGAAUAACUUGUUAUUGAGGUUAAGUUCAUUGAGAAGGAGGUUUGCGCGGAGUCAUCGCGGAAGUGGAUAAGGUUUAUAAUUCAUUGAUUGAUUAGGAGGAAAGAAAGACAUACCUAUUGGUGCGAGAGAAAUAAAAAAUCACAAUACUAUGGAUUGGACUGCAAAAUUGCUCAGGCACGGGGGUUUUUGUGGGCGUUGAUAGCCCAGCGCAGGGCAGUUUCUUGCCGAGAAGAGAAAAAGAUCGAGAAGGUUUUUAUUGAAUGCCCUAGAUUAAACCCAUGGUCGAAAGGAAUAUGUGGUUUCUCCAUUAGAUUCUCAACAGGGGUUGUCACAUGACUGCCGCAGUCAUUCUCUCAUUCUUUCAAUAGCUCCUCUGCAGUGUGAAGAAUCUUGGAAAAGCGACUCGGAGAGUGUGCCAAACGUGAUCCCGAAAAUCAACUCACAUAGUUAAUUUAAGAUGCAUAGCUGUCAAGAUUUUUCGCCUACAACUUUAUUCCUCACCUGGUGAACUAAACAGGUAUCAUAUCGUAGAAGUUUGCAGGACCACUGGGCACUGGCGGAUGUGGUUGUUGGUGACCUUCUCAUUCUCGAAACGCGGAUGCUUUUCGAAUUGUAGAACCCACAUCUGCUGAAGUUGGUCUCAUCGACUUGUCAUUGAUCAUUUGGCACUCUAGCUCGUUGACAAUCAGUGCUAUCAGAAGACAAGAAGAGCACAUUUUGAUCGUUUGCUUUAAGGAUUUUUUUAGGGGAAAAGGUAGACGGGGUGGGAAACAAAAUCCACUUAACUUGGAAGCAGUCAGAAAGGAGCUGAAGCGGAGAGAGAAUCCACGCAAGGAGCAGGGUUGAAUGUGGUGACAUGGUGCAGCAGUGGCAGUGGGGUACGCCUCCAUUCACUUGGUCUCGGCGGUCUCCUGGCCUCUGCGAACUGCUGUGUUUUGGCCUGCACACAGAUACAAAAUGUCUCGCUGCUAUCCAUUCCCGCCCCCGGGAUACCAGAAGAAGGCGCCUCAGCUCCCUGCCGAUUUAGCUCAGCCCCCUAAGGAUAAGAAGGACAAGAAAGACAAACAUAAAGACAAGAAGAAAAAGAAGAAAAAGGAUGGGGAUACAAAUGGGGAUACCCAUGACAAGGACUCCUCGCGGCCUAGUAAGCAUCCACGAACUGUUCUUAUCAGCGACAUUCUACAACCCAAAGAAGAGAAACAGAAUGGGAAAGUGCGGGAUAUUCCUUCAAGGGCCGUUACUGAGAGCCCCCUCAAACAGUCUACGGCUGCUGCUGUUGAACCCUCUCUUGUCAUCAAGGACGAGGUCAAGGAUGGCGGGAAGGCCCCUACCCGGAGUGUGCCGGAGAGGACUCCUGUAAUUCCUCCUGUAAUACCUCCUCCGAUUUCUCCGAUUCCUUCUCAACCAUUGUAUAUUAAACAAGAACCCAAUGGCAAGGCUUCUGAUGUCAAGUCAGGCUUAGUUUUGCCCUCUGAGAGUAGCACUAGUGAACCUAGUUGUAGGCCCCUCGGCAGUAUUGGUAACCAGACUACGUUGCCCAGCAGUAAUUUAGAUCCACAAAUACAGUCUCCCAAGGCUUCUAAAUUGCCUCCUCCUUCAUGGGAAAUGCUGGCCCUCAAGCCCACGAGCUCUUGGUCAGACGUUCCGGACGAGGAUUGGUUGUUUGCAGGCAGGCCCCUGGGGUCUCACCCGAAGCCAAAGGCGGAGGUGGAGAGGGGGGCAGGGGAGUCCUCGGUGCAGGUGUGGGCUGAUGCAGUCCUUUUGCCCGCCUGUGAGCUCUAUGCCCUUCCUUAUGUGGUCCCAUAUUGAGAUCUAUUUGUUUUACCCAUUUGUCCAUUUGUCGAAAUUUUCUCCUUCAGUUUCUCCUUGCUUCUCUUUUGGCGGCAUCUAUUGCCUGACUGGGUUCAUUUAAGCUGCCUCCUCCCCCGCUCUCUCCCUUUCAAGCUUUUGUGCGUUCUAUAGAGUUGUGAUGCUGGAGCUAGGGUGUGGUUUACUUUCUUUUUCACUGAGGCCUUAUUGUAGCCAGAUUUCGUUCUGGGCACAAGGGUGCUUGGGAAUGGUGAUUAAUAGCUGACAACCUCAUUCAGCUACUUCGGUAACUGCAAGUCGGUGCUUUAGAUUUUUGUUUUUAUUUUUAUUUUAUGACACCAAAUAGGUUAUACCCGAUGCUUUGGAUUAAUGAAGGUCGAAAGAUACCUUUGUAGCUCAA